UUCAGUGCUCUCCCAAACUUGUCCAACUACACACACAUAAUAUUAUGGUGUAUGUAUAUUGUGAAUAUACUCAAUUUAUUUACCUGGGCAGCUAAAUGCCCGACUCCAAAAUCUCGUAUCACUAAUACAAUAUCGCAAUACAUGCUUUAUUUGUAUAGUUGCAAACCAUCUCCUAUCUCGUAUUAUGCUCUAUGCUCUUAGAGAUCUUGAGAUGGGUUGGCUUACCUACGUACACUCGUCCUCUACUUUGCUAUGGCCGAAUAUACUGAGCUCGAGCUCAAGACCUUCGAACUAUCUAGUGGGGAUUCCAACAUGUCGCUGUCCGCAACUUCGUUAGCAUUAAUUUCAAACAAGCCAUUUCCGCAACAUUCAUCGGAGGAACUUUGCCGGUUGAUUCAAGCAAAGCAGCUAUGGCUCGUUUCUCCAGGACUCUGCCGGAUACAAAUCGCAAUAGAUCAGAACCAAUUUCCCAGCUUAACAAACGAGACUGAGGUUGGAUUUCUAGAGUAUCUAGCUGACGUGAUCUGCCAAUGUCCUCUCUGGACCACAUUAGGCCUUAUAAUCAAGCAAGAGGACAUCCAGCAUCAGCCGCUUUAUGAUGGUGCCCCAAACCUCUACUUCAUUAUCGAGCAUCCAAAUAAGUCAUCUGUACUUCUCUCACCUCCACACAUUCCUACAGCUCGUUUUGAUGGUGUAGAGUGUCUAUUCCGUUAUCAACAUGGAAACUCCAGGGAGGUUUAUACUGAUACGAAACAUCCUGGUGUGGACAUAGACGACCAUACCCCCGAGCUUGGCCCGCAAACACAAGUACCAGGCCUAAUCCAUGAUUUAUAUCGUCAUGAGUGGUCGAGUGAUAUUUUGCCAGACUUCGUGAUGGAUAUCACCACAGAAAAUACUCGACGGCAGUGGGAAAAUGCAGCUCAUUUGGUCCAGAUGGCUCUAUACGUAAUCAUUGGCACCAAGAAACGUAUGCGUGGUCUACGACUGUUCCAGCUUGAUACGAGGCCCUCGUUACUCGAAUUAGCCCCAGCUAUAUGGAACGCCCAUCACCUACAGGCAGUGACAACUCAUUCAAAUAAUUUUCACAUCAUUUCAUCUAUUUUGGCCGCAUCCACUCAAGCCCAAUCGCCCUCGUUAAGACAGAAGAGCAUGAAAUUACAGAUAAGCAACGCCCAUGGUAAUAACCCACUGGACAACACAGAGGCAGAGAUCGACAUAACUCUCCUUCGAGAUUCUAUCCAGCAGAGGCUUUGGGAUUUGGUAAGAACAACAUUGAAAUCAACCAUUCCGACGAAGAACGUCAAUAUGAAUGCAUAUGCACAACGGGGCGAAACAGCCGAUGAAGUACUCGACCUUAUACUAGUAGAAGCCGACUACUUUGAUGAGUUUGGUAGCGACGACAUCGUUUUCAGGAAUGGCCUCAACAAGAAUUGGCCACUACGUCACCUUUCUGGGUCUCAAAUAGACGACGACGACGACGACGAACGAGAUGCAGAGGAAUAUCAGCAAAGGUUCGAAAAUGAGAAUAUAGAAUGUAUCGAUGAGAAAUUCUGCCUAGAGUAUGCAGACCUAUUAGAGGAGACGCCUAAUCGUAUGCUGGGGUUUGGUGUUCAAGGUAAUUUUUCUACCAGCCCCUUCGAAGAACUAUAUUAUAACCCACCAACUAUACAACAACACUCGUUUGAUGAGCUUGGGGAUCAUGACGAUGAUUUGGGCAGAUCUGAUUACAUCUACGACGUUGAUACCAACUACGAUACCAUAAACGAGUAUUUACUGAUUCCAGAAACUGAGGGCGGAAUGAAGACUGGGCAAAGCACACAUGGAUAUAGUGAUGAUUAUAUGAUGGAAGUAGACGGUGAUGUAAUGUAUGAACUUGGUCGAGAAAAUAAAGGGGCAUUUCAUGGUUCCAGAAAUGUAUAAACAAUGUUGGUAGACAUAACCAAGUAAAUACAUAAUAAUUACAAGUGCUAGACGCGGCCUGCUUUCAUCAAAGCACUUUUAUAGAUGGCACCAUCUUGAGUCUAUUAUACGUCCCCCCCUUAAACGCUAAACCCCUGGAACGCUUCAUGAUGAUUCUUUAUAUA